AUGGUUGAAAGAAGCAAGGAAGAUUUAGAGUAUCCUGAUGAAGUGGAUACUCCUGUAGAUCAACUUGCAAAAACACGAAGGUUCAUGGGAUGUCCUUCAUUCUCUAGCGGUUAUGAUAAGUCCGUUAACCCUAAGCAUAAGUGGCGAUAUGAGCGAUUUUUGCACCCACAUGCAUGUGUGGCUGCAUCUUUGUAUUGUCCUACUAUAGCAACCCCUACUUCCAUAAUAAUAAUCCACAAAACUAAAGCAAUUAUAAGAUUUAUGUUUUUCAACGCUGAUGAUGUACGCUGGUUCCAACCCGUAGAUUUAUUUACGAAGAAGGGAUGUAAAGGAAAUAUAAAAAAAAGCUUGGGUACGCAUGGUUAUAUGAAAUGCUUAUUCGACAACCCUCUUAGUCAAGCUGAUACGUCUCGCGGUCCAAAAAAACACAUUAAACGCUUAGCGGCUCCCAAGAAUUGGUAUUUAUCUAAACUAGGUGGUAUUUACGCUCCUCAUCCUUCAAGUGGUCCACACAAGAUUCGCGAAUGUUUACCAAUAAUUAUAUUAAUAAGAAAUUUACUCAAAUACGCUUUGUCAUAUGAUGAAGCAAAAAUGAUUGCGAAAAAGCGUUUAAUUCGUGUAGAUGGAAAAAUUCGUACUGAUAUGUUUUUCCCUUGCGGGUUUCAAGACGUGAUUUACAUUGAAAAAACAAACAGUUAUUUCCGCUUAUUAUACGACGUUAAAGGAAGAUUUGUUCCUCACACUAUCAGUGCAGAAGAAGCUUCAUAUAAACUAUGCCGUGUUAAGAAAAUAGCAGUUGGAUUGAGAGGAAUUCCUUAUGCAACAACCCAUGAUGGAAGAACUAUUAGAUUUAUUCAACCAGAUGUCAAAGUUAAUGAUACCGUCCGUGUAGACAUUGAAACGGGAAAAAUUUUAGACAUUUUAAAGUUUGACGUUGGCCAAAAAGUUAUGGUUACUGGAGGACACAGUAUUGGCCGUGUCGGAACGAUUAUUCACCGUGAGAAACAUCCAGGUUCACACGAAAUAGUUCAAAUACGUGAUGCCCGUAAAAAUGUAUUUGCAACUCUUGUUUCAAACGUAUUCGUCAUUGGAUCAAGCGAGAAAUUUUGGAUUACUUUACCAAAACAGAAAGGUAUCCGUGUCCCAAUUAUGGAAGAUCUUGCACAAAGAUUUGAAAGACAAACUAGAGCUAACGUAUAA